AUGAGCGUUCCUAACGGUCAAACAAAUGGUGACCAAAGUGUCGAUGCCUCUGGCACAUUCAAGUCGUACGCAGCCGAUCGAGAUGCCACAGAUCAAGAAGCUGUCUAUACCACCUCAAAUGGUGUGCCGGUAUCUCAUCCUUACACCGUACAGCGAGCAGGGUUCGAUGGCCCACUUCUCCUGCAAGAUUUCCAUUUGAUUGAUUUACUUUCGCACUUCGAUCGUGAAAGAAUUCCCGAACGUGUUGUUCACGCCAAAGGCUCGGGUGCCCACGGUGUAUGGGAAUGUACGGAAGGUAUAGAAGAUAUUUGCUGCGCCGAUAUGUUCAAGAAAGGUACCAAGUGCCCCUUGACCGUGAGAUUUUCUACAGUAGGACGAGAAUCGGGAUCGUCUGACUUAGCAAGAGAUCCACGUGGUUUCUCCGUAAAGUUCAAGACAGCAGAAGGCAACUGGGAUUUUGUUGCGAAUAACACACCUGUAUUCUUCCUCCGUGAUCCAGCAAAGUUUCCUCAUUUCAUUCACACACAGAAGCGUGAUCCUGCAACCCACUUGAGUGGCGAUGAUGAUUCGACCAUGUUUUGGGAUUACCUCAGCCAGAAUCCCGAAUCCAUCCACCAAGUAAUGAUUCUAAUGGGAGACCGAGGUAUUCCUAAGGGUUGGCGGUUCAUGCAUGGCUACUAUGGCCACACACUCAAGAUUGUCAACAAGGACGGGGAUUGGCUAUAUGCCCAAUUCCAUCUCAUCUCAGAGCAAGGUACUCAGAAUUUCACGGCCGAAGAGGCUGCCAAUGAAUCAAACGAUUAUGGACAAAAAGAUCUUUACGAGGCUAUAGAAAAAGGCGAUUACCCGUCGUGGACUAUGAAAGUCCAGACAAUGACCAUCGAACAGGCCGAGCAGGCUUGGAAGGAGAAGAAGAUCAAUGUUUUCGAUCUCACUCAUAUUUGGCCUCAUAAAGAUUAUCCUUUGAGAACGAUCGGAAAGUUCACCUUAAACGAGAAUGCAAAGAACUACUUCGCCGAAGUCGAACAAGCAGCCUUCAACCCCGCUCACAUGGUUCCGGGUAUCGAGCCUUCAGCAGACCCCGUACUCCAGUCAAGGCUCUUCUCCUAUCCUGAUGCUCAUAGGCACAGAAUCGGUGCCAAUUAUCAACAACUCCCCGUCAACCAGCCUGUCUGCCCAUUCAUGAUGUCUAACUUCCAACGAGAUGGACAGAUGGCAUUCUACAACCAGGGUUCUCGUGCAAACUAUCUUAGUAGUAUCAAGCCUGUAAAUUUCCGACCUAACAAGUAUGACAUCAACAAGAUUCACGGUGGUUUUGUUGGGGAAGCUGUUAGCUUCUUGAGUGAGAUCAGGCCCGAGGACUUCAAUGCCCCGCGAGCCCUCUGGGAGAAGGUUUUCGAUGAUGUCGCCAAAACCAGAUUCAUCGAGACCGUCUCGGGCCACAUGGCGAAUUGCCGAGACAAGGCAAUUAUCUCCCGUCAGAUCACAAUCUUCCGCGAAGUCUCCGACGAUCUCGCAACCCGGCUUGAAGAAGCCACUGGAGUACAGGGGGAGAAGACCAUUGAGGGGAUGGUAUUUAAUGGAAGUCAUAAUGGUUUCGGCAAGAAGAAAGCCGCAAACGGACAGGAAGACGCCGUUAUGGUACAGUUCAAUAAUGGCGCGCCCCAGGGUGAUAAAGGGCCUUGA